UUGUGGGUCAAAUCGAUCGCCCUGUAUAUGUUUUUUCUGACCAGCGGAUGGACCAUUUAGAAAGCUCAAAUUGCUCGCCCUGUAUAUGUUUUUUCUGACCAGCGGAUGGACCACUUAGAAAGCUGGGAAGCAUUUUAUAACCCGUGAAAUCCACACGGAGGAAGGGGGAACCUUACGGAAAUCUGCCUAUUUCUCUUUUCCUCACCAUUUUUAUUUGUUGGACGAGCCAAGGAUGCUGCAUCUCCUAGUUCCAUUGCUGCUCUUGAUCUCCAACAUUGGGCGAUCACAAUCAGCCAUCGUUGAGAGUCUCCCGGGUUUCCCUGGAGAUCUUCCUUUCAAACUGGAAACAGGAUACGUCGGGGUAGGAGAGCUGGAGGAAGUGCAGCUAUUUUACUACUUCAUCGAGUCGGAGAGGAGCCCCAAGGACGACCCUUUGUUGCUUUGGCUUACCGGCGGUCCCGGUUGCUCCGCUUUGUCCGGCCUUCUCUUCGAAAUAGGUCCGUUACAAUUUGAUUAUUCAAAUUCCAGCGGAAUUAGACCAAUAUUGAAGUUGAAUCCCUACUCCUGGACAAAGAUAGCCAACAUUAUCUUUUUGGAUGCGCCUGUGGGUACGGGAUUUUCAUAUGCAACGACAUGGACAGCAUAUGACAUUAAUGACACGUCGUCUGCAGCACAAUCGUAUGAAUUUUUAAGAAAGUGGCUUAUGUCUCACCCCAAAUUCCUCACAAAUUCGUUGUACAUCACUGGUGAUUCUUAUUCCGGUGUUGUUGCCCCCAUAAUUGUUAAAGAAGUAUACGAUGGAAAUGAAGCUGGACGCGAGCCGCCAAUGAAUCUCAAAGGUUAUGUGCUUGGCAAUCCUGUGACUUGUGAAGUAAAGGACAUCAGUCAAAGAAUUCCGUAUGGUCACAAGAUGGCUCUCAUAUCAGAUGAACUUUACGAGUCGACUAAAACUAAUUGCAAUGGAGAUUAUGUGAAUGUCGAUCCCACCAACGGAGCUUGUCUAGCUGACCUUGAAAUGGUGUCAAUAUGCCUUGAGAAGUUAUAUUUAGCUCAAAUAUUGGAACCCACAUGUAGUACCAUAUCUCCUAACCACACGAGGCUAAAAUGGAGCAGAAGUAUACUUGAAAAGAAUAUCAUUGAUGUCGUUUCAGCGCCUCAACAAUCCAGGCCAUGGUGUCGGGCUUAUAACUAUUUGUACUCUUACAUUUGGGCCAAUGAUAGGAAUGUCCACGAAGCCCUUCACAUACGAGAGGGCACGAAGCCAGAGUGGGAUAGAUGCAACAACUCUCUAUCUUACACUAAGGACGUCCUAAAUAGUGUAGUAUAUCAUACAUACCUCUCUAAGACAUCGCUUCGCGCCCUUAUUUACAGUGGUGAUCAUGACUUGGCUAUCCCGUACGUGGGCACUUUAGAUUGGAUAAGAUCUCUCAAUUUGACUUUACUUGGUCAGUGGGCGCCUUGGUUUGUUGAAGGUCAAGUAGCCGGCUACAUCAUCUUGAUCCGAAAUAUCACUAUACUUUCUUUUAUUGAAUUUAGUUUACCUGAUCAUCAUCUUCUCACAAAUGUUUAUCUUCUACUUCGCUUGCUGACGAAAAUAUUUCUUCCACUGUGA